CUGGGUAGCACCGAAAAUACACGAAAUUUUCUACUUUUUACUGUUAUCAGAAUUUUGUUUAUUUUGUUUGUGCGAAUUUUAUGAUAAAAUCUCUCAAGUUUAUGGUUCUCAAAAUGCCAAAAAGGAAGUACGACCAGAAAUUGGUUUCACCAGCUAGGGCAACAUUUUUUGAUCUGCCACUUUACGAUGUUGUCGUAACGGUGAUUGCAAAGUACCUAUCGUGGUACGACUUGUACAGCUUUAGCUUAUGCUCAAAGCGAUGCAAAGACAUUGCAGAUUGUAUGCUGGCCAAGGGAUUGGAUAGAGUUACAAUCUACGGGGAUGGGAAGUACAAUUUGAGCCCCUACCGCACAAUCAUCCAGAACUCCAUGCGACUUCGAAGUGUUGUUCUCCAGCACAUGGAUAAACUCAACAACGAUAUCUGCCAGAAGUUCCUGACAAACAAUCUCUAUCUCGAAGAAGUUAAAAUGUACAGUUGUCAAGCAAUCUCAUCCGAUGGUCUGCUUCCUCUCAGGAGUUGCACGAAUCUUAAAAAAUUAUCCCUGUCUCGCAUGCCGAUUGAUCAGAAAUUCUUCAAGGCCUUCAAUGAAAUCAACAAGAACUUGGUGGAAGUAAACAUAACAGAUUUGAACAUCAAUGCUGAGGAGCUACGAGAAUUCUUAGCUCAUCAGCCUCAUUUGGAGAAGAUCACCAUUGCCUUGAGAGAUACCAACAUUAAGCCUUGUCUUGUUGAAUUACCAAAUUUGUGCCCCAAAUUGAAAUACCUGGACAUUCAUAACGCCUACUACACCUCCGACGUCCACGAUAUUCUUAAAAAUCUUCCAGAUAACUGUCCCAAGUUGACCAAAAUAUGCCUCAGUAGGGAUGAAUUCGGAUAUGAAGAUGAAAUACUCAUUCACAUAAUAAACAAAAAUUGUGAGGUAGCUCUACGUGAACCGGAUGGAUAUGAUGUCCAAGAAGAGACCUAUGUUCCUACCUUUGAUACAGAAUCCUCACAAUCGAACUCUUCUGCUGAUCCUGAUGAUCUUGUUGAUUCUGAUGGGGAUGAACUUCACUUUGGUUAUGAGUAGAUUGUGAAUCUUUUGUUAAUUGUUAUUGUUUCAACAUAAAUAAAACAAAAAAAAAUGCACAAAACAUAAA